AUGACCCCUCUGAAAGUUAUUAGCAGGCAGCGCAGCCGCUUUAGUACACUGGCGGCGCUGAAGAAAAAGUGGCAGGACCUGAGCUCUUACAUAACAAAGGAAAGUGACAUGUCCCACUGGAGGGAGCUGAACGCCAAGCUCUUCGAGGCAGAGGUGCUGGUACAGAAGCAGGAGCGCGAGGAGUAUCGGCGGAUCGACUGGGCCGCCUGGGCAGAGAAGAUCAGCAAUAAGGAGGCUCUCACGUGCAUGAAGAAGUUCUACGACCACCAAAUGGACGUCCUGGACGAGCUGGACCAGAGCGAGGGAAAAGAAGCGAAGGAUAGGAAGAAGAGCAAAGAGGAUGAGCUGUUCGAGGAGGCCCUAAAAAACUGCCAGGAAGCCGAAAAGGCGUCAGCCAAGCUCCUCAUAGACGGAGCGAAAACCUUGUGGAUAAACUUCCAUAACCCACCAGUGAGCAAUCUCGAUAAUAACGAAUGGAUUGACAGUGACCUCUACUGGCAAGCAUUUGUAGAAAAACACGCCACGUAUAAUCUGAACAGCAAAACAAUAACCCCGGAAGAUGAGGAAAACAAAAAUAUCGAAAAAAACGAGUGGAUGAAAAAAACGACAAAGUUUAACGAAAGAAGUGACACCCCAAUACUGUAUGACUAUAUGAUUAAUCUCCCCUCGUGGGAACACUACGAUAUCAAUCGGAGAAUCUUCCUCGAAAAUAUGAUUUACUUCUUAUUAAGGACAGGAUUAAGUUAUAAGUUUUUCCCUGAACUGUUCAGGUGGAAAUGGAAAACACACAUUGAAGAUUUGCGCUUCCAAUAUUUGGAGGUUGCCCAGAGGAGGAGAAAAAAUUACCAACUUGUCACAGCAAAGAGGGAAGUACCUCUUGAACUUCAGCCAUCAGAUUAUGAACACAAAGGAGAUGAGUAUCACUUGAAGCUUCUCCAACAUUUUAGGGAUUAUCAAAAUUUAGUUCUUUCUCGCCUUAUGGGUAAUUACAUUUUUUUGUGUGAUCCCUUCAUUCCGGUGCAAACUGAGCAGAUGUUACAACACGUGCUCAGUACCUACGAGGGAGGGAAACUAUUCAGACUGUCUAAUGACCAGGUGAAUUGUCUCUUCUAUCUGCCUCCACCUUGUGAUGAAAACAAAACGACUGUGCAAUACAAACCGCUUGACGCACUGGACAAUUUUUUUCACUACUUAAAGGGAAAAAAUAUUAAGCUAAACGAUUCCUAUUUUUCCUUUUUAAAAAUCAUUUCUCAAGUUUUACAAGAAAGGGGGCAAUACUGGCUGAACCUUCCCAAUGAGAAUUUCGCUGACUCCUUCCUAAGACGAUACAACAAGGACGAUUCCAUGUUCCCUGUUUUUGUUGACUAUGUUGCGCAGUUGAGAGAACAGUUUGACAACAGAGUGGAGAUCCCACCCGACAUGUAUCAGGAGGAAGUUACCCGCAUUGAGGAGAAAUACCUGGAGGAGUGCUCCUUCUUUGACAAUUUUGUUAGGGCAUUUUUAACCGAGGACAUUGCCCUCUCCCAUGAGGAAGGAGCGGUUCCCAAUUUGGUUAAGUUGGACACCAACCAAAUUAAGAAGUUGCUCAGCGAGGGGAAGCUCCGCGUGGUGCACCCCGAAACGCGAGAGGAGGUCCGAGACCCCGCCCUCGUCGCGGAGCUCGCGCGCCAGCAGGAGGCCGAGCGGGCGGAAAUCCACGAGUUCGUGAAGUCGCUCCCGAUUUAG